AUGGAGAUGGAGUACUCUAAACGUUUGAAAAAGAGCUCAUUUGGAAUUGGAACGAUAAAGAACGCGAAACAAGUGUUGCGUAGAAAGCUACCAGUUGCUAGACACUACAUUCGCGGACAUGGACAACUCCUCAAGCUUUUCGAAGCCGUCAAUCGACCGAUAAGCUUAUUGUUCUCUUCCAGCUUAUGGUGUUCGGCUCAUCUCACAGUGAACUUCAUAACGAUCUACAAGAUCGUGUGCUAUAUGUACAGUUUCGAUUAUGACAUCACUCGUGUCAACAAGCUGUGGAAGCCAACAAUGCUGUGUUUUUUGUUGGUCUUCAUAUUUCUCCAGUCAACCUAUAUCCUUCAAACGGCCCUAAAAUUACGGAGAUUGAUAGUGGGCCUGAGUGGGCCAAUGAUGCGAGUUGCAGCAUGUGAUCGUCUCCCACACGAACAGCUACUUCUCUUUUCUGGCUUAUCAGCAAUCUACUGCUAUUCUCAACACAACUAA